CAACACAAAGAAAUGUAACGGCAGCAAAUUCAUGUUUAAAAUUCUAAAACUUCUAAAUCUGUGGUUGUGAUUCUGGUGGUUGAGUUAAUUUAUAAUAACAAGAGUAAUGAUCGUAUUUAUAAUAAUUUGAAUAAUAUUAAUAGUAAUAUAUUUAUCAUAAUAAUAGAGUAUUAACAAUAUAACAUUAAUAAUACUAGUACUAAGAGUAAUAAUAUAUUGUAAUAAUAUAACAAUGCUACUAGUACUAAUAGUAAUUAUGAUCAUAAUAAUACUCAUAACUUCCAUCAGAAUCUCCGUUUGCUUCACUGAUUUUCAGAUUAUCUAGUUUCAGUGGAAAGGUCACACCUGCAGCGUUCAGUAAACACACCUGUUGGCAGCGGUUCCACAUACCUGUGCAGGUGUCAGAGGUGGGCGGGGCUCCGUGCUCUUCCUGUUCUGUCAGACGGAGGAUGGAGGUCUGGGUCACUCUGCUGGCGGUGCUGCUCUACGUCUGGACGCUGGUCUGGAGGCGCCGCCGCGUCCUGGAGCUCCUGUACAGCUUCAUCCUGGGAUCCUGCUGCUGCAGCGUGCUGCUGGUCUGCAGCGUCGCAAGAAAACAUGGCAUGGUGGAGGGUCUGAACAGCAGGGCGGUGGUGGUGACAGGCUGUGACUCCGGCUUUGGCCAGGCGCUGGUGGAGCGGCUGAGCCUGACGGGUCUGAAGGUGUUUGCAGGAGUUCUGGACCUGAAUGGACCUGGAGCUCAGCGGCUCAGAGACCUGCAACGGGAGAACCUGCAGCUGCUGAAGCUGGACAUCACCGAUGCUGCUCAGGUGGAGGCGGCGCUGCAGCACGUCUCCACUCAGGUGUCCAACACAGGUCUCUGGGCUCUGGUGAACAACGCAGGAGUCCUCCAGUGUCCGGUGGAUGUGGAGCUGCAACCUCCAGCGGCUUUCAGACGCUGCAUGGACAUCAACUUCCUGUCUGCAGUCAGCAUGUGUCAGCACUUCCUGCCGCUGCUGCGACGAGCCAGAGGUCGCAUUAUUAACAUGUCCAGCCUGGCAGCCGAGGUGCCCAUGCCGCUGUUCGGCGCUUAUGGAGCGUCUAAAGCAGCUCUGAAGGUCUUCUCUGAGGUCAUGAGGCAGGAGCUGGCUCCAUGGGGGGUCAUGGUGUCGGUGAUCCAGCCUGCAGGCUUCAGAACCAAUAUCUUCGGGGACCAGGACUCCAGGUCCUGUCACAUCACUGAGCUGUUGUCCUCGGUCUCUGCUAAGGCCAGAGAGGAUUAUGGGGAUGCGUACAUCUCGUCUCUGCCCUCCGGUCUGUCCAUCAUGUCCCGGCAGGCGGCGGCUGAUGUGUCUCCGGUGGUGGACGACAUGUGUGACGCUCUGCUGUCGGCCAAUCCCAGAGCUCUGUACACACCUGGACGGAUGGGCUGGCUCCUCCCCUUCCUGUACCGCACCUGUCCCACCGCCAUGUUCGACGGCAUCAUCAGGUGUCUGCCCAAAUACACCAAUCAGCAGCCAGCAGGACUCAGGAAGACAUGAUGUCACACAUCUGUCCACUUCCUGCUGCUGUUCUCUGGAGAUGAAACCUGAGACUAGUCUGACUAGAGUAGGAAUAAUACUUACACAAAGAGACACACAACAACCACAAAGAGAGACAAAACCAAAAAGAGACACAAAACAACCACAAAGACACAAAACAACCACAAACAGACACAAAACCAAAAAGAGACACAAAACAACCACAAAGAGACACGACAGUGAAUUCAUCAUGUUUUUACAGUUACGUUUUGAUUUUAGACAAUGUUCUUAUUGUUGAUUAUUAAUUAUUGAUUAUUAUCAAAUAAUUGAUUAUUAGCUAAUUAUUAUUGAAUAAUUAUUGAUGAAUAAAUGGUGAAUAAAUGAAGUCAUGUGACAUCUGA